CGUGAUUAGGCAGGCGAUCGGGAUUAGCCGCCGUGCUGUGGCGUGACCCGGAAGCCAUUGGCGGUGAUCGAUGGCGUCGCGUCCCUAAUCCUCCUCCCCCAUCUCCUGUUUGCUCUUUCGCUUCGCUUUGUCCCUUUCCUCCCAGCAUCUCCUUGUCGCGCACGCUCGCCUCCCACAGCCCUGAGCCAGAGCCACCACCCCUCUCCCUCCCUCUCUCUCUCUCUCUCCAUCUCGGCGUGGCGGCCGCGAUAAAAUAAAUCUUGUGCAGGGUGGGGGGAGGGCGUACGGCGACGCGGACGCACCGUCACAGGGCUGCGCAAUCCUUUUCUCCCUCUUCUUAUCCCAAAGGCAAGAGCCGCGUCUCCAGGAGUCCAGAGGGCGAGGGAGGAAAGAGGGCGCGUCCUACUGUGGUCCUUGUUCGUUGCUCCCCCCCUCCGCUUUCCGGGAUGUCGUCACCGAGCAAGCGCCGCGAGAUGGACCUCAUGAAGCUGAUGAUGAGCGACUACAAGGUGGAGAUGGUGAACGACGGGAUGCAGGAAUUCUUCGUCGAAUUCAAGGGGCCGACCGAAAGUAUCUAUCAAGGCGGCGUCUGGAAGGUUAGGGUGGAAUUGCCUGAUGCCUACCCUUACAAAUCCCCAUCCAUCGGCUUCAUCAACAAGAUUUAUCACCCGAAUGUUGAUGAAAUGUCUGGUUCCGUCUGUUUGGAUGUCAUAAACCAGACAUGGAGCCCAAUGUUUGAUCUAGUAAAUGUUUUUGAAGUGUUCCUUCCACAGCUUUUACUGUAUCCGAAUCCUUCUGAUCCAUUAAAUGGGGAGGCUGCUGCAUUGAUGAUGCGUGACCGCCCUGCUUAUGAACAAAAAGUGAAAGAAUACUGUGAAAAGUAUGCUAAACCAGAGGACGCUGGAAUAACUCCGGAAGACAAGUCCAGCGACGAGGAGCUUAGCGAGGAGGAAGAUGACUCCGGGGACGAAGCUAUACUUGGCAAUCCUGAUCCUUAGUCUGAGCUGGCAGCUGCGCUCCCAGCUCAUCGAUACAAUGUUCAUUGCAGAAAUUGCAAUUAAACAGAAACUGAAAAACUAAAAAAAAAAUCUGGUUGUCAUGUAAAUAAGUGUACCCUUUAUGUUAUGCAAUGUUGUUUCUUUCA